GCCGGGCCCACCUCCGCCGUGUAUAUAGAGAAGUCUGUGCUACAGGUCAUGGACAACGUCAAUUUGCAUUACUGGCAUCGCCAUCCCGCGUAUUUUCACGGAACACGGUCUCUGGUCAGCGAAUACCCAAGUCAGUGUUUAUUCAGCAAUUUUCAGCUUCUCGACAAGUUUCCGCCUCCUUCGGGCGCACAAUCCGCUGUCUAAUGAGUUGUGACAUCACGAAUGACGUCAUGUCCGCUGAACGGCUCCACUCGGCGCUCCUCUCACGACUAUCGGUGACUACGCCGGCUGUGUCAAUAGCCGCGCCAGCCGGGGUCAGCACGCGACGCGAUAGCACUGGGGCCGCCAGUGGGGCUGUCGGCGUGCCUCCCUGAGUCGCACGCGCCACGCCGCGGACGCUUCAGCUACGAAGACGUGUGUGGCGUGCUACGAGUCACCACUGCUGAAUGUGAGGCUCAACUGACUUGCCUUUACCGCCCUGUGUAUUUCGUGGCACGGUGAUCACGGUGACCGACUGUGUGUGAGUGACGGCGGUGCCAGGCGGCGACGAGACGGCCAGUCACCAUGACGACUCCAGAAGGGGACGGUAACCCGCCCGACGUCGGUGCCACCGAUAACCCGGACUGCCAGCGAGCCAUCAGAGCAACCACCACGGCUCAGCUACUCGAGGAUCUCGGCGGCUAUGCGAUCGCUCUAUGGACGAUCGCAUCCGUCAUCGUUGUGAUACUUCUCCUGCUGAUGGUGAGAACGACAUUGUACGUCAACAAGGCCGCUCCUAAACACUGGCGGAGAAAAAUCGUCUGGAUCAGCUCUAUCUACCCGUUCGUAUGUUUGAUGUGCCUCUGCAGCCUGAUAGUGCCCGGAGCAAACACUCUACUCAGCGACGUGGGAAUCAUCUUCAUCAGUAUCGGCGUCUCCAAGUUCGUGGAUCUGUGUAUGAUGUACUUUGGCGGCGAGUCGUCCCUGCUGCUGGCCGUCGGUCAGAUCGACGUCCCGCUGGCCGCCCGGCCCCUAUGCUGCUGCUGCCGCCCCUGCUGCCCCAGCGUGGCCAUGUCCAAGCACCACCUGAAGACGAUGAAGAUGCUGGUUUACCAGCUGCCUUUCACCCAGUCUGCCUACUGUCUAAUUUACUCGUACCUCUUCAUUGCCAACGUCACCAGCCCCGGACAGAUUGCGUUCAACGACGCCUACAUCUACCUGACCGUGUUCAACAUGGUGUCGACCCUGUCGGCCAUGUACGGGCUGAGCAUGUUUCUGCAGGUCACCAAGGGCAAUCUGCAGCACUACCACUUCAUGGCUAAGGCUGUGGUCAUGAAGCUGACCUUGAUCUUCGUCAAGUUCCAAGACAUAAUAUUUACCAUCAGCAUUAACUACGGAGGCGUGUCAAGCACCAAACACAUGCCGCCGCUGGUGUAUGGAUUCUAUAUCCGUGACAUCGUCGUUCUGCUGGAGAUGUUCAUGCUCGGUCUGCUGGCGCACCGUCUGUACACGGAGCCGAAGCAGUACAGGGUGGCCGCUGAGAGGCUCUCCAAGGCCCGCCUGCAGCCACUCGCCCCCGGCAACUCCGACUCCAACUCCGACUCCGACUGCGACUCAGAUGAUGGCACCCAGAGGCCGGUGACCGGCGGCAAACGCUACGAGAAGAUUCACACACCCGUCGGCGGUGAAUGAGUUAGUGCCUGAGCAAAAACCAAGUGCUUCAUGUUUUGCCAUGCGAUAAGAUGAGCGCUCGUGACCAUAUGGUAAGUUUCAGAAUGAAAAGCAUGCUUAGUAGUUGUUCAGAGCAAGGCAUUCUAUUCUCUUUACUUGUUUAUGCUGUGAUGCAUUCGCCGGUCGGCUCAGCCGUGGCCGCGCUGUCCCGCGUGCUAUUGAGGCGAUUACCUUAGCAAAGCUUUAUUUCAAUCUUUUUGACUGAUUAUUUUUUCAUUUUUUUUUUUCAUGAGAUUGUGUUUCUUUGCUUCAUCUUUCACUGUCUCGAGUUUCUUUUUAUUCUUCCUUUUCAUAUGUUGGAACGCCUUCGAUAUACCGUAUACGAGUGUUGGGAGACAAUGCUAGACUUGCCCAGCCUAUGAUUCAAUGCCUUUUUAAUUGACAUUUACUUUUUAACAGUUAAAAAAAAUCACCCUGUAGAUAUCAUCGACAAACAGGGUGUGUUCCAACGAUGGUAAAGUCCGUUAAGUGUCUAUUUGGAUUGUAGGUGCUAGUUUACAAUGGCAGUAGGUGGAUACAGAAUAGAAGGCAUGAGCAUUCUUGCUACGCGAUUAGGGGAGGUAGCUAAGCGGCACUACAUUUUCCAUAGGCGCGUAUGUGCGUGAACGGCAUGUUGAUGUACUUAUGUAUGUUCUGUGUAGUAGUGUGUAGUCAUGCUAUAAACUUCGCGGCAGCUGCUGCGUAUUGUUUUGUAAGGUUCAGGACUGGGGCCGGCGAGGUUUAGUAAGAUCUUUGGUAAAACCGGCAUCACGGACAGCGAUUUUGAAUAAAUAUAAACUUAUAUAACUGAUAAUAUAUUAUAAAUUCAACUGCGCCUACCGUUUCCGAAGCUCCAAUUAUGCAUUAUAAGUAUUUACCAAAGUAUCUGUUUACGUAUGCAAAUCGAAAAUCCCGCUCUAUUUAGGCACUGGCCACUGGGUGUUGGCAUCCACACCGUUAUGAUUGAUAUUCAUCGAUAAUAUCGAUGAUACACCAGUGACACAUGAUACCAGUAACACGAUGAUACACCCGGUAAGACAAACGCGACCUCGGACGGUAAUGGACUUUUACCUACUUUUACGCCAUAAUCAUAAAUCAACGUUCCCCGUUUUAUUUUGACUGCACCCUGUUAGAGGCGAGCACCUCGAAUGCACCUACACAGAGUGGAAAGAUUUGGCUCAAGAAAGAUGGUAACUACAAGUUAAAAAAAGAAAUGUUGGUGUAUUAGGUACCUAUGCAUGUACCUAAUACCUAAUAAACCCAUACAUCUUUUCGAAACAAGGCCAAUUGAAGCCAACCACACCGACUUCA